AUGGUGGCAAGUUUCGCGUCGGCCGCGGCAGGGGCUGCUGUGGCCAUCUUGGCGCUCCUUGCCGUGGCAGCUUCCUCCCUGGCCUUCUGGGGCCGACGCGGACUUCAACAAAGGGAUGUUGUUCAGCAGGGCCACGCCCAAAUGUCCGCACGGGACUGGCUUUGCGGCUUUGGGGCCGAUGAUUCGGUGAACACGGCCUCACUUCGCUGGGCUGAUGUGGAGAAUGCGGUGGAGAGCAGCUGCGGGUUCGUCAGCAGCUCCUUGGAUACUGUACGUUUCGCCUUGUUUAAGACGCACAAGACAGCCGGCGGUACGGUGGCGGCAACGCUGUUUCGAUCGGCCACGGCGAAAGGGUUGCGCUGGGUCGGCUGCGAUGACAAGAGCAACUUUGCGAAGAGCAGCAUCCUCUGCGAGUCCCGCAAGCCGCGAUCACUGAAGCUGAAGAGCAAGUACGAUUUCGAGAUGCGACAUCUCAUGGGAACAUUCUGGACUUCAGCCCCGCAGCCGCAGAUGUGCGACGCAGAUGGAAACUUCUUUGACCGAGUCCUCAAUGGAUACGAGAGACUCCUUGGCCCUGGUGUUCAUGUUUUCCUGCCGGUGCGUGGAGCUUAUUCUCACUUGCGGUCCACGCUUGCUUGGUACCAAGUGCCGUUCAGAAAGUUCGACGCCGACGAGAGCAAGUGGAACCCCCUCGCGAAGGACCUGCGUCUGCUCAAGCCGGCUCAUGUGGAGCGUUUUGCUUCGCACUGGCCGAUCCUUGGGGACCAGCUGAGCCUUAAAAGGGGUUUAUGGUUCAUAAUACCCUUCUAG